AUGGGCUUUACCUUUGCGCACUCGGCGCAGCCAGUGCCCUCGGCCAACGACCUGCCUGUCAGCUUCUCCAUCACCGCGGGCUCGUCGACCGACGUGUGGGAGAAACCGCCAGCGACCAAGAGCUUCAACGCGCCCAUUCUAUACAAGGCCAUCCCACUACGCUCUUUCAAGCGCGCGCGCGUGUCCAUCAUCGCCCCGUGGACCCAGCUGUACGACCAGGGCGGCUUGAUCCUGGUCAUCAACCCCGACACAGCCGAAACCAACAACAACACCCAACGAAAAUGGAUCAAGACCGGCAUCGAGCUCACCGCAGGCAAACCGCAUCUCAGCGUCGUCGCCAAGGACCGUUGGGCCGACUGGAGCCUGGCGCCCGUGCCGUCUGGGGGCAAUGCUGCCACCAUCGAGAUGGCGCGCGAGGACGAUGGUUCGCUGUGGGUGUAUCUGGUCGAGGGCUGUCUGCGAGUGCCGCUGCGAGAGGUCACUUGGGCCUUUGAGGACAACGACACAGCCCAGUGCUGGAUCGGCGCGUUUGCGGCGAAGCCGUCGAUCCAGGGAGAGGAUCUGACGGUUGAUUUCCGGCAUUUGGUUAUUGUGGAGGAGAGCUAUUACUUAGUAGUACUAGUAGUGAGUGAUUAUCCAACUUUGCUCCUCUUAGCAGCUGCAGCCGGUCAAGGCGCGUUAGCCGCCAUUCCGCUUGCAGGGCCCAGGCGCCAGCUGCCUCCUGACCUGCAGCCUGCUGCAGCCCACACCUCGUUUACGCCCAAGCACUCGCACAGAACACCUACAUCUUCGAUCCUCUGUCGUCUCUAUUGCCUGACUCUUCAGCCGCCGUCAUUUCGACAAGUCAAUGCAUCUGCCACGACCGCUUCCCUCCUCCGCUGGCUCGCCAAGAUCGUCGCCUCUCUCGCCGGCAUGACCUUGUUGGACGCUUCGACCGACCCUGCGACCGACGCCUCGACGAACUCUCGAUCGUAUGGCACCAUGCCGGACGACCUCCACAUUGUCGACCGAGAAAGCGACCGCUUGUUAUACCCUCACUCGGUCUACGAGCCGGAUGAGGACGACUCCGAGACCGACGUCCAGGAUGGCGUCCACAAGAUCGAGGCCAUCAACUUGACAUGGACUAGCCGGUCCCUGAUGAUUGCCUAUAUGGGCAUCUUCCUCAUGGCCUUUUGUACCUCGCUCGAGGGCCAGACCGUGUCCUCGCUCGCCGUCUAUGCGACCAGUGCAUUUAGCAAGCACUCUUUGAUAUCGACCGUCCUGGUGGUUCAGAAUGUUGUUAAUGCCGUGAUCAAACCCCCCAUGGCCAAGGUCGCCGAUGUCUUUGGCCGCUUCGAGGCUUUCUGCAUUAGCAUUUUGAUCUACGUGCUCGGCUAUAUCCAGAUGGCGGCCUCUACCAAUGUCCAGACGUAUGCUUCGGCUCAGAUUUUUUAUUCUGCCGGAUCGACCGGCCUCCAGAUUCUCCAGCAGGUUUUCAUCGCCGAUAGUAGCGAUCUCUUGAACCGGGCCCUGUUUGCCCUUUUGCCCGAACUACCCUUUUUGGUUACCGUCUGGAUCGGACCGACGAUUGCGAAUGCCGUGCUUGAGAACUCCUCGUGGCGAUGGGGCUAUGGCAUGUGGGCUAUUAUCCUCCCAGCAACUUUUCUCCCGCUCGCCUUGUCACUGCUAUUCAACCAGCGCAAGGCAAAGAGACUGCGGUUGAUCCGCAGCAGGGCUCCUAAGCGACGCAGGUUCUUGGAUGCUUUGCAUUCCACCCUAGUUGAGCUGGAUAUGUUUGGGCUGAUUCUUUUAUCGGCGGCCGUAUCCUUGCUGCUAAUACCUCUAACGCUGGCUGCCAACUCGGCGGACGGAUGGCACAACGAUGGCAUCGUGGCCAUGAUGUCGAUUGGCUGCGUUUGUCUGGUUUUGUUUCCGGCGUGGGAGUCUUCGCGCCGCCUUGCGCCCAAGCCCUUGCUUUCCCUGCAUCUGCUCACCGAACGCACCGCACUGGCUGGCUGUGCGCUGGCGUUUUUCUAUUUCAUGGCGUUUUAUUUCUCCGUGCAACCGUACUUUUAUUCCUACUUGCAGGUUGUCCAGGACUACGAAGUGGCUACUGCAGGGCGCGUUACACAGACGUUUUCUUUCACGUCGACCAUUGCCGCGUUUGGGGUGUCCCUUUUUAUUAAAUAUACCGGUCGAUACCGGAUCUACGUUGUUAUCGGGGCGGUCAUCUACAUCAGCGGGCUUAUCGCGAUGCUGCUGUACCGACAAGAAGGCAGCUCGACAGUGCAGAUCUUGGGCACACAGGUUUUGGUCGGAGUUGGAGGAGGCCUGAUCAAUGUGCCCGUGCAGCUGGGCGUGCAGGCAUCGGCGCACCACCAAGAAGUCGCCGGCGCAACCGCCAUGUUCCUGACUGCGCUCGAGAUGGGCGGCGCUGUCGGCGCAGCCGUUUCGGGGGCUGUAUGGACUCAUCAGAUCCCCAAGCGUCUCGCUCAGUACUUGCCGGCAGAGUCACAGGCUGACGCCAGCGAGAUUUUUGGAAAGCUGACCAAGGCGCGGUCGUACCCGAUGGGGUCGGCCACGCGCACCGCUAUCAAUCGUGCGUACCAGGAGACCAUGAACAAUCUUGUGUGUCUGGCUAUUCUGGUGGCGCUGCCGGUUAUUCCGCUGAGUCUGGCGAUGACGGACUAUCGUCUGGACCAGAUGGGCGCGACCCGAAAGCGAAGACAGUCUGAGCAGCGCGACACGUCUCCGGGAGAAUGCGUCGUUGUCGGGGACGGUGCGGUCGGCAAAACAUGUCUGUUGAUUUCGUAUACGACGAAUAAGUUUCCUUCGGAAUACGUGCCGACUGUGUUUGACAACUAUGCGGUGACUGUGAUGAUCGGCGACGAGCCGUACACGCUGGGCCUUUUUGAUACCGCCGGACAAGAAGACUACGAUCGCCUGCGCCCGCUCUCAUACCCGCAGACCGACGUGUUUUUGGUUUGCUUCUCCGUCACAUCGCCCGCGUCCUUUGAGAAUGUGCGGGAAAAGUGGUUCCCAGAGGUUCACCACCACUGUCCCGGUGUACCCUGCUUGAUUGUCGGCACCCAGACCGAUUUGCGCGACGACCCGGCUGUGCGCGAGAAGCUGUCCAAGCAGAAGAUGCAGCCGGUUCGUAAAGAGGAUGGUGAUCGCAUGGCGAAGGACUUGGGCGCGGUGAAAUAUGUCGAGUGCUCGGCGCUGACGCAGUACAAGUUGAAGGAUGUUUUUGACGAGGCUAUUGUCGCUGCGCUCGAACCUGCCCCCAAGAAAAGACCCAAGUGUGUUCUCCUGUAA